AUGCGGUCCGUUUCCUGGGUCUCGGGCGCGCACGAUACGCUCCCCCUUGUUGCGCAGGAUGCGCAAGUGCAGUCUUUGACACAGCAGACACUACACCCAUCGACCCAGGCGCGUGCAACGAGUCGUACACCGUUUGUCGCGACUGCAUCGACCUUACCCGCCGUGCAACAUACACCGAAUCGAGCGGCACUGUUUGCGCGUGCGAACACGCCGCUCUCACUGCGAAGCCGUGGGCAGUUUACAGCUCUUCCAGGCAACGCGCCUGCCGGAGAAAAGAGCGAGCCGAGCCGAGAUUUGUCUUGGGCGCAAACCCCGGGACGAUCCAAGUGGGGUUCGCUGCACUUAGGUCCUACACAGACGCCUCUGCUUGCCAGCCAUCCGUCCUUGCGUGAAUUUGUGCCUGGAAUGCUUCCUGAAACGAAGCAGGAGCGCGUACAAGUAUCUCACUCCGCUUCGCACAGCUCCGUGCUUGGGAAGCGUGAGCAAGAGACGGAGCAAGAGAUGGAUGAAAAUGUACCAUCUCCAAGGAAGCGUCGGAUGGUCUGGGAUCCGGAAAUGGGCUUUGUCGACGCCGAAGAUUUAGAGGCACGCAAACCUGUCCUUCCGCCGCCGCAGAAUGAGGCGGAGCGUAUUUUGCGCGCGUUGGAGAGUAUGCGAACGCCGCUGGGCGAUGCACGUCGCGAGGGUAUUAUUCGGUCCCAGUCGCUCCCUUCGUGGAAUGCGAGCUCGAUUUCUGUGCCGCUGCCUUCGCCGUCGCGCGACGGGAUAUUGACGGCGUCAGCGUCGCGCUCUCCCUCCAGGAGUAUUGCGCCUCAUUCACGCUCUGUACAGCGCGUGCAAAAGCUGCGCCGCAACCACACGGGCUCGCGCCCGAGCAUGCGUUCGAAGCUUAGAAACACGAUUCAAUUUGAUGACAUUGACGACGAUGCCAUGCACGAAGAAGAGGAAGUUGCAAGCAACUUGCUGGGAGACGUGCAUGACGAGGAAAUGAAUGAAGCGGAGCUGGUAUGUGAACAGCCAGCGCCCGAAGUGCCUGUGCGCCGCUCGCGACGUGUGGCGCAGAAGCCCGAGCCCGAGCCAGAGCCAGAGCCAGAGCCAGAGUCGGAGCCCGUGCUUGAGCCUGAAGUGCCUGUGCGCCGCUCGCGACGUGCGGCACCGAAACCGGCACAGCCGAAAGAGGAGCGCACGGCGCCCGAACCUAGGGAAGCUGCGGCGCCCAAACCUAGGGAAGCUGCGGCGCCCGAACCUAGGAAAGAUGCGGCGCCGGUGCGAAAGCGCGACAACUUUCGUGUACACUCCGAAGACGAUAGUCCUGAGCGCAAGCUCUCCGUGCUGCGCCAACAUUCUGAAAAGCGCAGUCAACGCCAUGUUCCAUCCGGCCGGAUCACGGCUUUUGACGACGACGACGUGGACGAUAUGCCCCAAGCCGAAGAAUUGGAUAAGAUCAAGCUGCCAGCCAUCUUUCCUUCGAAUUUCUCGCUUGGCGCAAGUACAGCGCCGGCGCCGAAACUUGCACAGGAUGCGCCAAAGACAACAGCGCCGACAUUUUCAUUUGUCAAGUCUGCAGAAAGCACGGGUGAAUCGCUGUUGGACCGUAUUGGCAAGGCUGCCGACCCGUCAGAGACCAAGCCGCCGACGUUUGGUGCACCGCCCGCAGCGUCAGGACAAUCCUCCUUUUCGUUUGGCGCGAACCCUGCAGCGUCGGAACAGUCCUUCUUUUCGUUUGGUGCGAACCCUGCAGCGUCGGAACAGUCCUCCUUUUCGUUCGGUGCAAACCCUGCAGCACCAGGACAAUCCUCCAACUUGUCCGGCGCAAAGUCCGGCGCAUCGGAAGAGCCUACUGCGUCGAAGAAACCUGCUUCGUUUGGCGCAAAGCCCGACGCGUUGGAAAAGCCUGCCGCUUCGGGGCAGUCCUCUUUUUCGUUCGGAGCAAAGCCUGCCGAGGCUGCUGUCCCUGCUUUUUCGUUUGGCGCACAGCAAUCGCAGCCAGCCAUUUCGUUUGGCGCGGCAGCCAAAGCCCAGCCUGCGGAGAAGCCACCUUCCUUCUUUGCAGCUGCUUCUGAAGAACCAGCGCCUGCAUCGCUAGACACAGAGAAGAAAUCUGGCCCCCCACCCAACUUUUUCAGCAACCCCGCAGAGCCGACCUCCGCAGUCGUUCCUCCGCCAUCGAAAGACAGCGCCGCACCAUCAUCCUUCUCGUUCGGCACAAAGAAAGAUGCGCACGAUACACGAGCAGAGAAACCUAUCGGGGAAUCAAAACCAUUCCCCUUCUUUUCCUUUAGCAAACCAAGCGAGCCUGAAAAGCAAGCGCCCGCCCCGCCAGCGUUUUCGUUCAGCAAGCAAAACGAAGCGCCACAAUUAGCCUCGCCCAGCCUUGAAAAGCCCGCUGCUGACCCCCCCAAAGCCGCGACACCAGCGCCAGCCUUUGGCACUGGCAUGCCUGGAGACCCACAAAAAACAGAGCCUCCAAAGCUUGCGCCCUUUAGCUUUGCCAAGCCGGCCGAGGCGAAAAAGUCUGAUGUGGCGCCUACACCGACCUUCUCUUUUGGGAAGCCCAGCGCAGCAGACAAACCUGCCAUGUCCAGCUUUGGCGUGUCGAAGCCUGCCGACACAGACGAAACCUCUGCAACGCCCAUGUUUCGCAUGCCUCCUGCCGCAGAGGACAAGCCGGGCGGAUUCGCUUUUGGACAGCCCCCUUCCCUGCCCAACGAUACGAAACGUACCCUCGAGCCAGAGCCUGAGCAGGACAAGAAGCGCGGCAGGACAGACGAGCCGCAUGCGCCCAAGCCAUCUCUCGACGCAACCUUGAACCCUGCGGCAAAGCCCUUUGCCUUUGGCGCGCCGAGCACAGAGCAGCCCAAAAGUACUGCGCCGUUUACCGGCUUUUCGUUUGGCACAAGCGCCAAGCCAGCGCAGAGUGCCGCGGGCCCAGCACCCUCUUCGUUCGGCGCCAAGCCACAAGAACCGUCCGCGCCCCUGUUCGCAUUCGGCGCCAAGCCAGCCGCGUCCGAAUCGCAGCCCACUGCGCCGCAUGCCUUCGGUGCGCCUGCCUCCACGAGUUUCUCCUUUAGCAAGCCGGAGGCCAAGCCGAGCUUUGGCACGGCGAGCAGCACUCCGUCGACUGGAUCGCCUGCACCGACGUUUGCCUUUGGCGCACCAACAAAUCAGCCCGCGACGCCGACAUUUGCAAGCCCUUCGUUCGGCGCGCCGUCUGCGAAUGCGCCGGAACCAACGCCUGCGUUUACAUUCGGCGCGCCUGCGCCUCCUGCGCCGUCCACGACUACAUUUCCGUUCGGUGCGCCGCAGCCCGCAACAAACAACCUCUUUCAGUUCGGGGCCAACGCCCCUGCGCCAAACCCCGCCCCGUUUGCUUUUGGCGAAGCAACUGCGCCCGGUUCUCCAGCGCCCGGCUCGCCAGCGCCCAGCACCGCCUUUUCUUUUGGCACUCCCAGCCAAGGCGCUCCUGCACCGCCAGCUUUUGGCACGCCAGAAGGCGGGCCGAAUUUGUUCAACAUGGGCGCGUCGCCCGCACCUGCUGGCCGGCAAAUCAAGCCAUUGCGUCAGCCACGGAGACGAUAG